UUCAAGAAAGAGUUGCUAAGAGUUCAGCUAGGUGGUUUGUUCAACACAUUCACACGAUAACUACUUUCUAGAUCAGUAUGAGAUAUAGAAGAUCGUUAUUAUCUCUCAGUAAAUCAUGGUCUCAGAUGAAGAAUUUCUUGGAGAGAUCUCGUGUGACACAAUAUGAACUAUCGUGGGGUAUCUCGUGUCCUAACUCGGUUCGACAGCUGUCAAUUUCGCUCCCCAGAAAGUCUACAUUUACAGUUUUAUCCGAUCGUGACGACAAUGCUUAUUCAGAAAACUUGUCGUUUUCCAAACACUUAUUUGAACGAUAUGAGCAAUGCGUUGCUGUUGCACACGCAGGAGGAGGAGAAAAGGCAAUCCAUCGACAUGUUGUGAAACAGAAGAAACUUCUUGUUAGAGAUCGCCUCGCACUGUUUUUGGAUGACCCAAACGACUUUCUGGAGCUCUCCGUCAUGGCAGGACUGGCAAUGGAGUAUGGAAAUGUACCAAAUGCUGGAAUGAUAGCUGGGAUUGGUAGAGUACAAGGAAAGCUGUGUAUGAUAGUUGCUAAUGAUGCCACUGUGAAGGGAGGUACUGUUUAUCCCAUCACCUUGAAGAAACAACUACGAGCCCAGGAAAUAGCUGAACAGAACAAACUACCUACGAUCUAUAUUAUAGAGUCUGGAGGAGGAUUCCUUCCCCUCCAGGCUGACAUUUUCAAUCCUGGUGGGAAGACAUUUUGCAAUGAAGCAGUGAUGUCUUCAAUGGGUAUACCACAGAUGGCUAUUGUGUGUGGUAGCUGUACUGCGGGUGGGGCCUAUAUUCCCACCAUGGCCGACCAGACUGCCAUGGUACACAAGAAGGGCUAUAUAUUCCUGGGAGGACCUCCCCUUGUACAGGCGGCCACAGGAGAGAUUGUAACCGCAGAGGAGCUUGGUGGUGCUACUCUUCACUGCAGUGUAAGUGGAUGUACCGACUACUUCAUGGAGAAUGAAGAGGAAGCACUGAGUACAGGACGAGAUAUGGUGGCCACACUGAACCUGGACGAUAAGCUUCCUGUCUAUACAGACUGGGAGGAGCCCCUCUACAGCAUCGACCACCUGAGGGCACUUGUGGGCAAGGACAAUGUCAUUGAUGUCUACAAGGUUAUAGCUAGACUUGUAGAUGGAAGUCGAUUCCAUGAGUUCAAGAAACAGUUUGGGCCUACUUUGGUGACAGGAUUUGCACACAUAAAAGGAUACCUGGUAGGAAUCCUAGGUAGCCAUGGUGAUAUAACAGACAAUGCCGCUGAAAAGGCUGCUCAUUUUGUUCAGAUGUGUGAUGAUCGAGGCAUUCCCAUGGUGUUCCUUCAAAACACCAGCAGAUCCAUUCCCAGUUCAGAAAGUACAGGCCUAGACUCUGGGAUCAAGCUGCGAGGACAUGCUAAGAUGAUGGGAGCUGUCAGCUGUGCCUUAGUGCCCAAGAUUACAGUCAUCAUAGGCAAUUCUAUUGGACCAGACAGCUAUCUCAUGGGAGGAAGGUGUACCAGUCCUAAUUUCAUCUUCUGCUGGCCGAAUGCUGUGAUAGGGAUGACUCAUCCUAAGGAGGCCAUUCAGGACCUUUGUCAGAUGAAGUUUGAAGGUAGCGAGAUGACAGAAGAAGAAAGAGAUGCGUAUAAAAAGAAAGUGGUAGAGCAGUGUAUGACAGAGUCUUCAGGGUUUUACGCAGCGUCUCGAAUCUGGAACGAUGGCAUGAUUCUUCCGGAGAACACACGCAAGGUCCUACACCAGUGCAUAGAGAUAUCCUUGGCAUACAGACAACCCACGCAGAUGACGUCCUCAGUAAUCAGGAUGUAGACCUUUGUCUACUAUGUAUGAUUCAUAUAUAUAUUAGAUCAUACAAGUCUAUAAAUCAGGGUUGUGUAUUUUUUAAUUCCACUGUAAUAUUUCUGUGAAUGCCUUUAUAUGAUUUUGUACAAAUAAAUUACUUAAAAAUGUAGAAAAUAAAAAAUAACGGUAUUUCAGUCUCUAAAGAAAUUUUGAAAUGUUCUAUGUUAUAUGUAUAUGUUUUAUAAAUUGGUUAUUUAUAUAUGU